AUGUUGUGUUUGGUUUUUUGUGUGGUUUGGGUUGGGGGGUUGUUUUUUGUGGGAGGGGGAGGUGUUGUUGGAUGUUUUUGGGGGUGGGGUUUUUUUGUUUUGGGGUGUGGGGGGGGUGGGGUAGGGGGGUGGGUGGGUUGUGUGUGGUGGAGGGGUGAAUAUGGAGGAUUGGGAGUGAUUGGGGUUGUUUGGGUGGGGUUGUGGGUGGUGGGUUUUUGGUGGGGUGUAUGGGAGGGGUGUUGUUUUUUUUGUUUGGGGGUUUUGUGUUGGGGUUUUAUUGUUUGUGUGAUGGGGGUGGGGGGGUUUUGUGGGUUGGGUGGGAAGGGUGGAUUUUGUUUUUGUGUUUUUGUUGGGGGGGUGUUUGGGUGUUUUGUUUUGUUUGAUUGGUGGGGGGUGGAUUGUUUGUUUGGGGGUUGUGGUUGUUUUUUUGUGGUUUGUGGGGGGUUGUUUUGUAGGGGUUUGAGGGGGUGUUGUUGUUUUGGGGUUGGUUUAUUUUGGGGGGGUGGGGGUUGGGGGUUUGGGGUGGUUUGGUGGGGGUGGUGGGGGGGGAGUGGUUUGUUGGUGGUUGGUGGGGGUGGUGUUUGUGGGUUUGGGUUGUGUUGGGGGGUUGGGUUGUUUAGGGGGUGGUUUAGGGGGGGGGGGGGUGUGGGGGGUUGUGUGGUUGGUGGGUUUGGGAUGGGUGUUGGGUGGGUUUGGGGGGUGGGGGGGUGGAGGUUGGUGUUGGUUUUGGGUGGUGGUGGGGGGUGUUUGUGGUUUGGUGUGGGGGUGUUGGGUUUGGUGGGUGGGGGGGUGGGGUGGGUGGUGUGUGUUUGGUUUGUGUGUUUUGGGAUGGGGUGUGUUUUUUUUGUUAUUAGGGGGGUGUUGUUGUGGUGGGGUGGGGGGGUUUUGGGUUGGUUUGGUGUGGUGGGGUUUUUUAGGGGGGGGGGGUGUGUUUUUUGGGGGGGGGGGUUGGUUUUUUUUUUUUUUAUGUUUUUUGAGUGUGUUGGGGAGGUGGUGAUUUUUUUGGGGGUUUGUGUUGUUUAUUGUGGUUUGUGUGGGUUGUGGGUUGGUUUUUUUGUGUUUGGGGGGGGGGGUUGGUUUUUUUGGGGGUUGUGGGUGGGUUUGUGGGGUUGGGGGGUUUGGUUGGGUGGGUUUGGUGGGUGGGGGGUGGUUGGUGGUGGGGGGGGUUGA